ACUGUGAUUGGUUCAGACAGGGUGUUUGGGCUGCAGUUAGCUAUUAAAUUAGUGUUUGGAGACAUAUAUUGCAGAGUCAUGUGUUUUUGUUUGAGUUCUGUCUGACUGCUUCAUUCCUGGUGUUUCUGGUCUCACAGUGGACAUCAUGCGCCUUUACUUUGCAGCCUUUCUUCUUUGUGCUAUCACAGCUUCAGAGGGAAAAGCAGUCCCCUCUCUGCCAAAUUUUGGGAAGAGCUAUCAUGUAAAAGGAGUGAUCUCUCUGCCUUAUGCUGAGAUCAAGGAGCCAUUUGAGGCCUGGUUGAACCUAGCAGCGAAGUCCAGUCGCAUAGACUACUACCUUGGCCAGGUGUCGACGUACCAGUUGGGGGCAGAGAAGCCAUGGGGCAUUUCAUAUAAAAUCUCUCCUGAGACCACUGAGGUGAAGCUGAAUGAAAUGAAGUGUUUCCAGGUCAACGGCACAAAAGAAGAGGCAGUAAAAACGCAGGCGUCACUGCCUGAUGUGCAGGGCUUCGAGUUCCUGGGAAUGCAGUACUAUGGAGACUCCCUGUGUGAAGUUUGGCAGAAUGUGACCACUGUAGGUUUCAAGAAGAAUACAUAUAAACUCUGGGUGACUCAUUCAGAGAAAAGUACAGAUGGAAAGGAAGAGCCUGCCACACCGGUCCAUUAUGAGAUGAUGGGAUACAACACACUGUUGGGCUCCCAUUAUGACAAAUACUUGGUGGACUACAAAGAAUUCAGCCCUCAUGUGGACCCCUCAGUGUUUUCACUGCCUGAAGGGAUGACUUGUGGGGGAUUUCCUGGUCCUGGAGUGGAGCACCACAUGUUAGCCAAUCCUAUGAAAGAUCUAAUCCACACAACAGCAUCAGGCCACUCACAGCGCAUGUUCAGCCAUUUUAAGGACAAGUUCCAGCGUCAGUACAGCGACGAAAGAGAGCAUGAAAAAAGAGAGCACGCUUUUGUGCAUAAUCUCAGAUAUGUCCACUCCAAAAACAGAGCAGGCCUGCCUUUCUCUCUGGCUCUGAAUUCUCUGUCAGACCUCACCAUGAUGGAGCUGGCCACCAUGAGGGGAAGGAAACCAGGAAAGACCCCAAACAAAGGGCUUCCAUUCCCUGCAAGGAUUUACGAAGGGGUGACCGUACCUGACUCUCUUGACUGGAGGCUUUAUGGUGCUGUGACCCCUGUGAAAGACCAGGCCAUCUGCGGCUCCUGCUGGAGCUUUGCCACCACUGGAGCAGUAGAGGGCGCUCUCUUCCUUAAGACGGGCUCCCUGCAGGUCUUGUCUCAGCAGAUACUGGUGGACUGUUCCUGGGGUUUUGGCAAUAAUGGCUGUGAUGGAGGGGAGGAGUGGAGGGCAUAUGAGUGGAUCAUGAAACACGGAGGCAUUGCUACAACAGAAAUGUAUGGAGCUUAUCAGGGAAUGAACGGAUUUUGCCACUUAAAUGCAUCCCAGCUUACUGCGCAUAUCAAGAGCUACACUAACGUCACAUCAGGGGACGCAGAGGCACUGAAGCUGGCGCUCUUUAAAAACGGCCCAGUGGCAGUCAGUAUUGAUGCUUCACAUCGAUCAUUUGUUUUCUACAGUCACGGAGUCUACUAUGAACCUGCUUGUGGUAAUAAAACAGAUGACUUGGACCAUGCUGUGCUUGCAGUGGGAUAUGGCACCUUGGAUGGGGAGCCAUACUGGUUGAUAAAGAACUCAUGGUCUACCUACUGGGGAAAUGAUGGCUACAUCCUUAUGUCUAUGAAAGAUAACAACUGUGGCGUCACUACUGAUGCAACAUAUGUUACACUAGCAUAGAUCAGCACAUCUUCUUUGUGUUAAUACCACUAUGUGAGUGCCUGAGGAAAAAUAACACAUUAUUUUGGAUGUAUCAGGGUUAUGGUUUUUUCAAUGUGUUUAAUAUUUUUUGAUGUGUUUAAUGUUGUGUGACACAAGUGUUAAUCUGAUGCUGCAGAGCUCACACACAAUAAAUCUGCUUCUUAAAUUAUGAUUUUGACGUGUGUCUGCAGGUGGCACAAAGUCGACAGUGCCUUCAUUUCAGUUGUAAAAAAGCACAUUCUGUGACACAUUUCCACUUGUUCUUUUUAAUUUGUCAAGAUGAAAUGCACUGGGCUGGAAUCAUUGCAAUAAAAAUUGGAUUUGUUUGACAUUA